AUGGAGAACGAAAAGUCGACGACAGCUAGACAGCCCAUCUGGAUUCCUAUUGUUCACGUUGUUCAAGUGUUCUUGUCUGUUAUUAUCCUGGGUUUGUCCGCGUAUCUAAUUCAUGGGAAAUACUUCGAUACGUUGGGUUAUGAUAUCUUCACUUCUCUCCUCACCUGGAUUGUGGUCACGUACCUACUUAUCACAAGAUUCAUCUCCUCCCUACACAAACUUUCCCAUCCAUUCAUCGUCAUCGCCGCAAAUGCACUCCUCGUGCUUUUCUGGCUCGCUGCAAUGGGUGCAACAGCUCACCUGAGAUCCACAUUCAAGUAUGAUGUGAACAUCUAUGGGUGUUAUGAUGAUGGGAGUUCAGUGGAUAGUACGACGUGUCUUGUGGGUAGGGACGGCUUGGAGAAGAGAGCUGCUGUUGCCACGAAUACAGGUCUGGCGAUCAUGAGUUCGAUUGCUGGAUUAUCUGCUUUGGUUAUGCUACUCUUCGUCGCAACCCUCGUCCAUGCCGUCAUGACUUGGUACAAAUCCCGGUCUAAAAGCACCACUGUAGCCCAUACACCCCAGAAACAAGAACAACAAGGAGAAGGUUAUCAAAUGGCCACUCCUCAACCACAAUACGCACCUGUUCCUCAGCAGCACCAACAGGAACAGAUGUAUCCACCACCGCCUCAACCUUAUUCUCCUCCUCCGCAACAAGCAUACUCGCCUCCCCCACAACAAACGUACUCGCCACCUCCGCAGGUGUUUACUCCACCUCCACAGGGGUAUGAACAGCAGCAGUACGUAGGUGGUCAACAGUAUGGACAGCAGGGGACGCCGGUUUCGCCGCAGGCCGGGCACUCGGAGUUGUAUGUUCAGCCGCAUCAGCAGAGCGAGUUACCUGCCCAGAGAUAG